GCUUUGUGACGCGUGAACGCGCAAGAGCAGCAAUGGCCGCUUUGGAUCGGCGAAAUCCUAAUCUCGACGACUUUGUCGGAUUAAACUGGAGUUGUUGGGCAGACAGGGUGAAUAUUUCAUCGUCUGACGCUGGGUCCAGUGAUGAAGACAACAAGAAUGGGAUGAGCCGCUCAGAGACCAUGACCCUCAGGAAAGAAGAUAUGCAUACCUACGGCCACUGCCCGGCACAUGAUGACUUCUAUCUGGUGGUGUGCAGCCACUGUGGCCAGGUGGUGAAACCUCAAGCGUUUGAGAAGCACUGUGAAAGGUGGCACGGUGCUGUCGUGAAGAAGAGUCGCCAGACGUCUGCUGUGGCACCUCAGCAACGACCGCUCUCCGGCCGGGCUUCUGCUCGGGUUUCCUCUGGUACAGAAAAGCAGAAGGGUGGCAGAUGUCACGAGGGCAAUGCCGUGUCCUCAGCAGCAUCACCUGCCCACCAGCACAGACCUGCUAAAGCCCACCAGGACACAGCGAGUUUAUCUUCAGUGAAGUUCCCAGAGGAAAACCCUCCCCUCCAGCAUCACUCCUCCUCCUCUUCCAUGACUCGACCCAGCAUCCCUCCGUGGCACUCGGCUCCUCUGCCCCCUGGCGACGGUUCUUCUGCCACAUCUUCGUCGCACCGACCCUCCGUGCAGAAAUCUGCAGCCGGGCAGAACGCUGAAUCUCUGCGAGAAAUGAGAACCUACAGUCGGAUUUACAAAAACACCAACAAAAAAGAAUGUGAGCUGAACAAACCCUGCAGAGUUCUGGAUCCAGAGAGGAAGAAGCCGAACAGCCGGGAGCUCACAUGCAAUACUGAUUCCUUCAACCAGCAGCAGAAAACAUCAGCAAAGACUAAAACCACUGAUCAGUUGGCUGUGGAGAAGACCAAAGCCUCAGGAGGUCUUGAAGUGGAGCAGCUGCUUGACAAAUCAAAACACAAAGACAAACACCUGGACGCUUUUGAAGAGAAAAUAACAACUCAGGGCAGUAAAUACAACUUCAACAGCAACUGUCACAUUGUCAGGUCCAGGAAUCCAUCAGAGAGCUUUCUGGAACAGGAGGGCAACAACACUGUGGAGGUAGAGGUACAGCCUCCGUACCCUUUUAACCAGAGCCUGUUGUCAAGUGAGGACAGUGAAGAAGAAGCGCAGGAAGAAGCCACAGAGCUGCCUGCUACACCCUGGCAUCCCAAACCUCUCGGGCUAUGCACUUUUGGAUGUCGCACACUGGGCUGCAGCAUCUUCACAUUUGACCGGCGUUUGCACCGCCUGCGGUUCGCCCUCAGCGCCAUGUUGGAGCGUCAUGCCAGCGCACACUUGUGGAAGAAAAUGCCUCAAGUAUCAUCAGGUCUCAGGUCGCGUCAUGUCGCACCUCCAACCAUAGGAACCCCUGUCAGGGCUGGCGAUAGACCCUCCAAAUCCACUGUCUCUCUCUGCCUUGAGUCUACCUCACUGGGACAGCAGGAAACCAAAAGUAGUCAGCAGAACUCUCACAUUACCAAACCGCCUUAUUCCUCCACCUCUGCGAGCCUCGGGUCUGGUAGGCAGCGCAACCCCGCUGAGCGACCCAGCAAGGCUCAGCUGAAGGAGGUGGAGCUUAUGCAAGAUGCAAGUGCAGCACACAGAGCUGCCAAGCUGUUACACAGCGGUGAGGACAAAUCCUGCAGAUUCAUCAGGGAUCCCCCCCUCCACGAGAAGAGCCAGCCUCACGUCCCCUCCUCUCAAGGACCAGCCAGCAGUACUUUCUCACACGGGAAGAAGCCAUGUCCUCCUCUUCUCCUGAAGUCUGCAGAAAGACAGUUAUCAGUUUUAGAAAAGUGCUCCCCUCUGCCUGCACCGACAAACCGCUCUCCUCGCAGCAGAGCGAAGCCUCCAGCGGUUCAGCAGAAAGUCGGGAGCUUUGACCACAGGGGUCCGGCCCAGAAGCGCAAACGCAGCAGUGAGUCCCUGCCGCUCAGCUCCUCGCUAUCCAGAACCACCAAGUAUAAAUGUUUGUCCUCCCCUUCCCGUUCUGGCCUUGUUUCCUGGAAGGGAGAGAACAUCGAGGACGUGCUGACUUGGGGCUUGGAGAAAAGAUCAGAUCCUUAAAAGAACCUUUUGUGAAAUAGGCUGCACACCAUCAGUUUUAUUAUGAUGUGGAUUCAUUACCCCCAAAAAAAGACAUGAGUGGAAUGAACAUCUUGAUUUGAACUCAACUGUGAUUUGCUUUUGAACAACAGUAGUGACGAUUGUUUACGCUCAUCUUUGCAGCCAACAAAGAGGCCAGCCUUAAAAAGACCACGUGGAGAAAAGGCCCGCUGAAGGCUGCAGCUGCUGACAGGACAGUGUGAGUGUUUGAAUGUGUGUUUGUGUGUGUGCACGUCUCUUUGUCCGUGUUUAUUUAUCUACACUUUUUAUGCACAAGUGUCAGGAGCAAGUAUUUGUAUGCACAUUACUGUAUUUGUGUAUUAUUGCAAAAUUUUCUAUUUUUCUACAGGACUAAAUGUCUGAGUUGAAUAUCUGUGUAAGAACGUCAACAUACCUCAGUCUGCUCAUUAUGCUGCUAAUCUUAAGACAUUUCAUGGCAGAAUAAUUAAAAAUUCUUGAAUUUUCAA